AUGGGCACCUCUCUUCACGAAAAGAGCUCCUCAGAAAAGAUCGGGGAUCAUCACGACCUCACGCCGAUCCCGACCAAAGAUGAAGAAGCUGCUAUACUCGAAGUCUCCGAAGCCGAACGCAAAAGGGUACUGCGAAAAAUGGAUUUCCAUCUUCUACCCUUCGUGUCGUUCCUCUACCUUCUAUCAUUCCUCGAUCGUGCCAAUAUCGGCAACGCGAAAAUAGCUGGAAUGUCCCAUGACCUGAACCUGGACGGACUGAAAUAUAAUAUCAUUGCCGCCGUCUUCUUCCUCCCUUAUGCCUUUUUCGAGGUUCCUUCGAAUAUCUGUUUAAAGCUCUUUCGGCCUUCCGUCUGGAUACCGUCGAUCAUGGUUGCAUGGGGAACAGUCAUGACCCUUAUGUGCCUUUGCAACACCUAUGAAACGCUCAUCAUCGCUCGUGUAUUUUUGGGACUGACGGAAGCUGGCCUUUUCCCCGGAAUCACUUUCUAUCUCUCGCUGUGGUACAGACGUCGCGAUGUAGCCCAGCGAAUCGCUAUCUUCUUCUCGGCCGCUACGAUUGCUGGUGCCUUCGGUGGCCUUCUUGCAUUUGGCAUUGAGCACAUGGAAGGCAUCGGAGGACUUUAUGGGUGGCAAUGGAUUUUUUGCCUCGAAGGAAUGGCCACCGUCGUGUUUGCCUUCCUCUCGUACUUCUUCAUGUACGAUUACCCGGAAACCGCGUCGUUCCUCACCGACAGCGAACGAGUCAUGGUGGUGGAGAUGCUCAAGGAAGACAGGCACGGCCUUUCGACAGGCUUCCAAGCCAAAUACAUCGUCCAAGCUUUGACCGACAAACGUACAUGGUUCCAAACCGGAAUCUACAUGGGCCUCCUCAUUCCCCUCUACGCUAUUUCCUUGUUCACUCCCACCAUCGUCAAUGAACUCGGUUUCGACGCUGCCGACGCACAGCUGCUUACAGUCCCUCCAUUCUUCUGUGGUUGCGUCAUGACUAUUGUUUUUGGUCACUAUUCCGAUAAGCUGAACAAGCGCGGGCCCUUCAUUGUCGGAGGAUGCUUCCUCUCGUUCAUCGGUUAUGUUGUCCUUUACACUCAAGAAGCCGCGGGGGCUUCGUACGUCGGUGCCAUUUUAACCGCCACCGGAGUAUAUCCUUGCGUACCGGUUACCUUGGCUUGGGUUGGAUCGUCUGCUGGAGGCGACUUGCGUCGUGGUGUUGCAUUGGCCAUUGUUAUUGGCAUGGGCAACCUUGGGGGUAUCUGCUCCUCAUUCAUCUACAUCAAGCCACCUCGCUUCCACCUCGGCCAUGGUAUGAUCAUGGGCUGGCUAUGGGUCGCUAUAUUUUUCAGCUGCCUCUGCAUGUACGACUUCAACCGACAAAAUAAGCUCAAGGAGGCGCGUUGUCGUGCUGAAAACAUCGACGAAUCGCGUGAAGAAGAAUUCAAAGAAAUGGGCAACGAUAGCCCGCUUUUCCGGUGA